UAUCAUCCGUUAGUUAAUUCCGUUUAAACAAAAUACAGAACGACAUGGAGUCCUGUAUGGCGCCAGCUUGCGCCUUGGUGCAAUCGACGCCAGGCUCCACUUUCACUACGUUGAUACAAACGAUAAUGGCAUCCUAUUGUGCAUUAAAUGUGGAUGAAUAUCCCACGAAUCGAGCAGAGGAGAUCUUCGCUUCGAAGAAGGAGGAAUUCGAUUUUAUAAUAGUUGGCUCUGGAUCGGCAGGAUCUAUUCUGGCGAGCAGGUUGACGGAAAUAGAGGAUUGGGAUGUACUGUUGAUCGAAAGAGGGGAGGAUCCUUUACCGGAAACCUAUUCGCCUGCCCUUUUCAUCAAAAACAUAAAUGGGCCGCAAAAUUAUCAUUACUUGGCCGAGUACCAAAACGGUUCCUGCUUGGGCAUCGUUCACCAACGGUGCAAAUGGGAGAAGGGGAAGGCGCUCGGCGGAAGUUCGGUGACGGCCGGUAUGCUGUACGUGAUCGGGAACGAAAAGACGUACAACGAUUGGCAGGUUCUGGGUAACGAGGGAUGGAACUUCGAGAACGUGCUCCCCUACUUCACCAAGUCCACGAGUUGCUCGCCGGAAUACGUGUCCAAACACGGGACCAAGUAUUGCGGGGAGGACGGGCCCAUGAGAAUCAGACACUUCCACCCUUCCCCGACAGACACGCAGAGGAUCUUGAUGGACGGGCUGCGCGAGGCCGGCCAUCGAGUUCUCGAGGAAGUGAACGGUGAUCGUUUCAUAGGUUUCGGAAGGGCGAUGGCCACCGUGUACCAGGGGCGGCGAGAAAACGCCGCGUUGACGUUUCUCUCCCCCGCCAAGGGAAGGAAGAAUUUACGCGUGAUGAAGUCGAGCAUGGUGGAGAAGGUAUUGUUGGAAGACGGGCGAGCGAUCGGCGUCCGUGUUCGGUCGGAGGGCGAUCGAGGCACGGUCGUCGACGUGAGAGCGAGAAAGGAGGUGAUCCUUUCGGCUGGAAGCCUGGCCACUCCUCAGGUACUGAUGCUUUCGGGGAUCGGGCCCAGGGAGCAGCUCGAGCGGAUGGGGAUACCCGUCGUGGCCGAUCGUCCCGUGGGCACGAAUCUUCAGGACCACCUCGUAUGGGGCGGCAUAUUCGUAACUUUCGAGUCGAAGGAAAUAUCGAACGACUCGUUGAUCGCGUACGAUCUGCUCGUCACGAUGAACGUGAACGAUCCGGAUUCCAAAUAUCCGGACGUUCAGUUAAUGUUCAUCCACUUCGAGCGUUACCAGACAAUCGAGUUGUCGGUUUUACUGGACACGAUCGGGUUCCAGGAGGAGAUGGUGGAAAAAAUGAGAAAGGAGGUGGAGAGGACGAGCGUGAUAUUGGUUUUCUCGAUCCUGCUCGAGCCGAAGAGUCGAGGUGUGCUCGAGUUGAACAGCACGGAUCCGGCCGUUCCCGUGAGAAUAUACACGAAUUACCUCGUGGAGAGGGAGGAUACGAGGACGUUGGUGAAGACGGUGGGCAAGAUCAAGGAUAUUUUGAACACCGAAACGUUGAGGAAGCACGGGAUGCGUUUCAAUUACGUGGACGUCCCCGGAUGCCGACAUUUGAACCCCGACACGGACGAGUAUUGGGAGUGCAGCGUGAGACACGUGUCGGUCUCGUAUUAUCACCCGUGUGGAACGACCAGGAUGGGGCCGGCCAACGACUCCAGGACCGUGGUCGAUUCGAGGCUGAGGGUGCACGGUGUUCGUGGUUUGCGGGUGAUCGAUGGAUCGAUCAUCCCGCGAAUCCCUGCCGCCAACGUUAUCGCGGCGGUUAUGAUGAUCGCGGAGAAGGGGGCGGAUAUCGUUAAACAGGAUUGGGACGCGAAGAAACGUUGA